GUUCGUUCGUUCGCACGACGCGCUCCGUUUCCAGUUUACAAUCGGCGCCUAGAUGAGUCGUGUCACCUCAUUCGUGGCCGAGCCAAUUUUCUCGGGCGACACGCGGAAGUGAACCCUCUUGCCGCGUCGGAGUAUUAUGCUCCUCUUACAACAUCCGAUGGUGGUGCGAAGAUCCGCGCGAACGAAGAAACGUUCGGAUCGCGAUGAUCUGAACGCGAAUCGCGUUUAAAAUCAUUCAAACGACGAAAAAUUGGCUGCGCUCACCGUGAUUCGUGAAAACAGCGGAUGAUAAGUGAUAGUGAAUAGAAUCGCGACGAAAUUGCUGCACUAAUUGGAAGCGAAGGAACGACGAGUCGCGCUAGGAUGAGAACGAGGAAACUCAAGCGAAACAAUUCGUGCAGAUAUCUGGGCAGGAAGCUCGGUGAAAGCUCUGUCGUGCGUAAAACCUAGGAUUGCCACACGUCCUACAUUUUGUUGGAGGGUCUAACAAUUCUCUGUACAUACCUGUCCUGCCCUUUAGACAUUUUUUUAGAAAUUAUAAAACUAUUUUAUACAAAAAUGUAUAGAGUAAAGAUUGACGAUGAACGUAAAUUCAAAAAUAGAUACUUGGUUUCGAUUUCCUGCUUCCGUGAAAUGUCUUCUAAGGUGUGAUAACCUUAGUAAGGCGCGAAACCACACCGCGAUAACGUAAGGAUAUACAGCUUUCAACGAAAAUGAUCCUCAAUAAUCACACUGUGAUGUCGACCGCCGACGAUUUAAUGGACGUCCUGUCCAAUAGCACUAAUACGACGGACUUUCCCGAUUACGACAUCAACGAUUCCUUCAGUCAUUUCGAGUGGGCGGAACUAGCGCCUGUUCUGGUGGUUUACACUUUGACUUUCUUCCUCGGGUUAAUCGGGAACGUUAUUAUCAUCGCUUCGACCCUUUGCCCACGACUUAGGCCGUUGCCAGCGACACCAACCAAUGUUUUCCUAGGUGGUCUGGCUACAGCUGAUCUUCUGUUAAUUAUAUUCUGUAUACCCGUAAAGAUAGCGAAAUUGUUCUCCUACACGUGGACUAUGGGUAUCUUCCUAUGCAAAGCGGUGCAUUACAUGCAAAGCGUAUCGGCUAUCUGCUCGGUCGUCACCCUCACCGCGAUGUCGAUCGAAAGAUAUUACGCGAUAGUGCAUCCAAUGAGAGCGCAGUAUAUGUGCACCAUAAGUCAAGCUCGUAAGAUCGUGAUCAUAACUUGGAUCGCGGCAUUUUUGCUGGGAAUACCAAUGAUGUUUACACAGACGCAUAAAAAGGUCGGACUGAGAUGGAUCGCCUAUUGGUGUGUUCGUGAUUCCGAGGCCGGACUCCUGUGGCGGGCGCACGAGGUUUACAUGCUCGUCGUGGUUCUCGUGCUACCACUGAUCAUCAUGGCGUUUUGCUACACGUGCAUCUGCUGGGAAAUCUGGCGCGUCAUGAAACGCCGGUAUCACAUGACGUCGCGACAUGCAUUAAAUCCAAACAGCGCAGAUACAGAAUCUAUUCCCAUGACACAACGACAGGGCGGGAACGAUCGCAAGCCACGUCGAGACGAGAAAGACGAAGAGUCACGAACUAUGAAGCAGGUGGUGAAGAUGUUGGUGGCCGUUGUGGUGUUGUUCGCGAUAUGUUGGGCCCCGAUGCUCAUUGACAACGUGCUGACUGCUUAUGGCUACCUGCCACGCGUCAAAGGCGGAAUGCAUAAGCAUUUUAAUACAGCAUUCCAAUUGAUGGCCUAUUUUAACAGCUGUAUAAACCCGAUAGUUUACGGGUUUAUGUCGAAGCACUUCAGGGAGAACUUCCUAUCGGCUGCCUGCGGCGGAUGGUGGAUUUGCUGUCCUAGGAGAGGCUACCGGGCAUCUGUAACGAGGCACCCAAGUCUCAGCCAGACCAGAACCACCAGUGUGAGAUGGACCUGAUUCUUCCUUCAUCCCCGGACCAGAUCGUCAAGGGAGGUCUCCGUCAGAUAGAAGCCUUCCGACAGAGCGAUGCGAAUAAAGUCGGGAGAGGACACACGGGAUCUAUAAGGCUGGGACACGCCGCGAUCUUUCGGCCAGCUUUGGAUAACGAAUAGGACUAUUUCAAGAAGCGGAUCGAACGUAACUGAUAAAAUUUUUGUGAAUUGACAGUGUUGAGAGUUGAGACUAUCCGUUAGAGCUGUAUCCCGUAUAGGUAACGUAAGUUGCCGAACAGACUCAUGAUCUAUUUAUCACCCUCGUCGUAUCUUGUAACGACAGCGUUAUCGCUCACUCAUCCCGUGGGCGGGAUAAUUGGACGGGUUGAUUAAUUGGACAUUCGGACAAUUGGACGUUUAACGUACGGUUAAAGCCGCGCUAGGUGGGCGGAUAAGGGUCAACUUAGUGUGGGCAAUGCGGACACCCACGGUGGCCACAUAUAGGGUAACAAGCCAUAAAUACACACCGUAUAAGCUUGGAAUCGCCCGAUUUAGAAAUUCCAUGAAAAUAUCUCGCCGAGAUGAAAUUGUUCGAGGGAGAGCCGUAAAAGACGAACCAAACGUUGAGAAAUUCCCUCGGUCUUGGUAGAUCGAAAGUAAAAUCUGAAUGUUGAGAUGUGUCCCUUUAAUUGGCAGGAAACUGUUCAAUAAUUAGAAUGAAGUAGGAAAAAUCUUCCGCUGUCUCGUUUAGCAGCGAUCGGACUGUUCGAUCUCGAAAGUUUGUUCUUUGUAGAACGCGUACUACCUCACAGCGAAACUCGAGAUCGGACGGUUUACACAUUUAAUCGCGAACACUAUCGGUUAGAUUCUCACCCAGUAUUUAUGCUAAAUAUCAACGUUCGUGUUAACCAAAGAAAACUCCGAUAGCUAUAUUUAUCGAUAAAUAUCGCGUCGUGAAGAUACGGACCAAAGCGCGCCGAUCGCUAAGAGAGAUCGUUUCGACGAACGCUCGACGAAAUGUUUCAGAAAUACUCGAUACGUUCCAAGGAAAAUCGCGAUACAUGAUUGAUGAAUCGUUAAACAGUAUUAAGACUUAAACAAUAGAAGAAAUAAGAAACGAGAAGUAAAAAAUAAGAAAUUAGGAACAGAG